AUGCGCCGUUUAAUCAUUAACCACAUAUACUAUUUUAAUGCUUGCCACAGAUUCCUCUCACACGUAACUCAAUAUUCCGUUGUUCGGCCAAAUCCGCUCAAGGCAUCACUCCAGCCAAAGGAAGGGGGUAUAUAUACCAGGCAAAUUCUGUUCUGCAGAAAGACCUCUCUUCCACACCAAAAGUUAUCAUCAUCAAGUUCAUCAACUAUCAGAAAACAAUACUUUAUAUCGAUUAAUACUCUCUUCCAACCAACAAUUUGUCCAAGGUCCACCUCCAUAAUCAGCCUUCUCCCAUUCAAGACAAACCAAACAUCUCAAGGCUACAAUGUGUCAUCAAACCAUCCGCCAAUGCUCCUGUGGACAUACUGA